AUGACAGUCCUGUCUCGGGUAUUGGUGUUAUGCGCUCUCUUGCGCACGUCAGUCGCCGUCUUGGCUCCUACCGACUCUCCUUGCAGAGUCAAGUGCGGGAACCAGCCCGGGUCGACCGCGACAGACGAGCUGGUCUGCGAGCAGUCAGACUACUCUUCGUCCGUGGGUGUUGUUUGGCGGGCAUGUUUGACAUGCGAAUCGACGAGUUCAUAUUCCGUCAAGAUUGGGAAGACAACAUAUUCCGACCUGCAGGCGAUGUUGUACAACAUGCGAUACGCUACAGCCAACUGUUUGUUUGGCGAAGGGCUGGGAAGCAACCCGUGCAUUACAACCACUGCCUGUGAACCUCUGAAGAAUGCGAUCGAAUACGAUGGUCUCGAGUCAAAUGUGACUGCGUCAGGAUACUGCAACAUGAGUAUACUUGAUGGGUAUUGCAAGAUGCAACCAAGUCCAGGGGAGACCUUGUCUAUCCAAGGUGACAUAUUCUCCACCACUGAAGUCGCCAACGUCACCGUGCCGACGCCGACGGCGUCAGUCACGCCAUCCGGGCCUCAGGGCCCUCUAAGCCUAGGCGCCAUCGUUGGUAUCGCUAUAGGAGGUCUAGCACUCCUACUUGGAGUCACGGGCUUCUGCAUUGUGAUGAAUGGUAAGCGAAGAAGGAAGGCCUAUCUUCGGCGAAGGGAGGAUCAGAGAAAGCAGUGGCCUAGCCCUGGCGGUGCCGGGGAAAUGUUUGAGACGCCAGUCAGUCAGCGACCCCUUCGGGGCUGGGACGCCUCGCCCGUGAGCGCCGCAACAGACCGAACGUACCCACGGUAUUUCUCCCCGUAUAGUUCACAAUACAACAGCCCUGUCAGCGCGGUGGAGGGUCCCAGCCAUCAACAGUGGCCUACAGAGGGCACACAGAACAUAGGGGUCGCCCUGAGCCCGGACGCAGAACAUAUGCAUGGCUACUGGGGCGACAGAAAAGGGAAGGACAGACUCCAGGACGCCUCGGAUGGAUAUGAGAUGCAGGAAGGCGUGCACAGCGGAGGCGGAAACCAAUACGUGCCUCCUCCGCCAUCUUCUCAGGCGCCCGUAUUGAACCAUCCUGGUUAUGGCAGACAUGGACCGUCGCCGCAGCGGUCACUUGACGAGGAAGACCUUCGGUCGGGCAGAGCUCUGUGA